UCAUGUCGGGGACACAGCAUCAUUGGGCUGUCCUCCCCCAGGGGACAGACAUGGCCAGCUCAGCCCUGGGAGUCAUCCUGGCUGUGCUGGCCUCUCUCAUCAUCACCGCCAACGUACUGGUGGCCAUCGCUCUCCUUCGCCUCAUCCAGAAGAGUGGCUCCAAGGGGCUCUAUUUUGUCCUUAACCUUGCUGUUGCGGAUGCUAUGGUUGGGUUCACGGUCAUGGGUCUGGUCAUGGAUGAGUUUUCAGAGCCCUUUCAUCCUCCCCAGAUCUUCUGUGUCCUGAGAAUGGCUUUUGUGACCUCUUCUUCCGCUGCCUCUAUACUAUCCCUGAUCCUGGUUGCCUGUGACAGGCACCUGGCACUCAGGAAACCUUUCCACUAUUUCCAGCUGGUGACAGGCCUGCGGGUUGGCGUGCGGUUGGUGGGUCUGUGGCUGGUUGCUGCUGUCAUCGGCUUCCUCCCAGUCCUCACCCCUGCCUUUCAGAAGAUCUCCACCGAUGAGAAAUGCUCCUUCUUUGGAGUCUUCCAACCUGCCUACAUGCUUGCCGUCUUCUGCUUUGGCUUCUUCCCAGCGCUAUUCCUCUUCAUUUACCUCUACUGUGACAUGCUGAAAAUCGCCUCCGCACACGUGCAGCAGAUCCGGGAAGUAGAACACGCAGGGCUGGCAGGGGGCUGUCCGGCGUCCCGCACCACCAGUGACAUGAAGGCCAUGCGCACCGUUGCUGCGCUCAUCGGGUGCUUCACGCUGUCCUGGUUGCCGUUCUUCAUUGCCAGCAUCGUGCAAACUGUCUGUCUCGAGUGCUUCCCCUACAAAGUCAUCGAGAGCUACCUCUGGCUGCUGGGACUGUGCAACUCCCUCCUGAACCCCCUGCUCUACUCCUUCUGGCAGAAGGACGUGCGGCUGCAGCUCUCCCAGCUGGUUGCAGGUGUGAAGAGGAGAGUCCUCCUCCAUCUGGGGAAGGGACGUCAUUUCCCUGGCGGAGGCACCAAGCCUCUCCCCACCAUAUCCUGCCCGCAGCUCCAGGACUGACCCAGUAAGGAGUGGCUGUCACCAUCUUUCCAGCUCAUCUCCUGCACUGUGACCAUGAACUGGGGGCCUGCCAGCAGUGGAGGAGAUGACAGCUGGGGUGGGACCAACCUGGAUGCUAGUUCCCAGACAUCCGCGUGGCCAAAUUCCAGCCUGCCCACAGCCGCACGGAGCCACAGCACGGCCUGCUUUGCACCAGCCCCAGGCACCCCGAAUCGUGGGUGCAUGGCACAGUUUAGGUUUUGCCUGUGGAUCCUUAGCAAGGGCAGCCUUGUGUCUCGUGGCCCUCUGCACUUGUUCUGCAGGCUCAGAUUCUUCAUGUGUCACUGCCUGGCUUCUGUGCCUGGAUCUGGGACCCACCCGUCCUCUCCUCUGCCUGCAGCCUGCCUCUCUGAGCAAUGAGCUCCGGGUUGUGCUCGGCGGGUGCUUCACACUGUCCUGGUUGCCAUUCUUCAUCACGACCAUCAUGCAAACUGUCUUGAGUGCUUCUCCUGUGAAGUCACCAAGAGCUACCUCUGGCUGCUGGGGCUGUGCA